AUGGGAGUUCUGAAUGAUCUUUUCGGUUUUAAUCGCGAGGCGCAUCAUCGCGCAGCGGUCGAGCGUCGCCGACUGCUUCCUACCCACGCCAACGAUGAGAGUCAGUCGUUGGAGUCCUCAAAAGAGAUUGCCAAGGUUGCUCUGCGACUGAAGUAUCAAAUUGAACAGGUGGUCUCCUGUGAAGUCGAUGAGAGCACCCUUACCAACCCAAACAGCCGGAUUAUCUCCCAGGGUGUAAUCGAAACAGCCAGGCAGGCCGGUGGAGAGGACUACAAGGCCUGUGUAGUCUUUUGUCUGCUCAUCUGUCUGCGAUGGUUCAAGAUGCAGUCCAAUGUCGAGUUGUGGGAUGCCGAUCUCCAUCUUGGAAGAGCUGUGGCUUGUGAGGUUAUCGCGAAGCGCAUCAUCGAGAGUGAACCUGACCAAGACUAUCUGCUCAAGAAUAUCCUCUUGAAGCGCUAUUCUAUCUUCACUGAAGGGGAGGAGACCGCCCCUGCCAAUGUCAUCGAGCGCUCGGUUGAUCUCCACGCGCUCAGAGUCAUUAGCUCUGCUGGCUACCAGAAAUGUAUCCAGUAUCUCUGGCGCGGCUGGAUCUGUCAAGAAGAGGGCAAUCCGACUAACUUCGUGGAAUACAAGGACAAGUCUAGCACUGAUUACUGGGUUCAUUUCCACCCGGAUCGGAUGAGGACCCCUUUAUACCAGAAUAUCUGUCAGAUACUCUUCUCGCUAAUCUACCUUGUACUCUACACAGCCGUGAUCAAUACUGUCAACCCAACUGGAGACUUGGACACGGUGGAGUGUAUUCUUUACCUGAUGACACUCGCGUUCAUAUGUGACGAGGCAGCAAAGUUUUGGAAGGUGGGACGGAACUAUCUCGAAUUUUGGAAUGCCUUCAACUCAACACUUUACACUUUGCUUGUUAUUUCAUUCGUUUUGCGUGUCGUCGCUUUGGCACAUUCCUCAUCAACUCAUGACGCAGAACGGCAACUCUAUAACGGCCUGAGCUACAACUUCCUCGCUUUCUCGGGCCCCAUGUUCUGGAUGCGCAUGAUGCUCUACCUCGACUCUUUCCGAUUCUUCGGCGCUAUGUUUGUUGUUCUGCGUGUGAUGAUGAAGGAGAGUCUGAUUUUCUUUGCUCUGCUCUUCGUUGUUCUUGCUGGUUUCUUCCAGGCGUUUAUUGGUAUGGCUCAGGUCGAUUCCGAUGUCGAUAUGACCAGACCUAUCAUUCAGGGCAUGGCGAACAGUGUCAUGCAGAGCCCUGAGUUUGAGAUUUUCCAGGAUUUUGCUUUUCCCUUUGGCAUAAUCCUCUACUAUGUCUUUAACUUUGUUGUUAUGAUUGUUCUGUUGAACAUUCUCAUUGCACUUUACAAUAGUGCGUAUGAGGAUAUCUCUGGCAAUGCUACCGACGAGUACAUGGCAAUCUUUGCGCAAAAGACCAUGCAGUUUGUGCGAGCUCCAGAUGAGAAUGUUUUCAUUCCACCUUUCAAUCUCAUCGAGAUCCUGUGCUUGGUAGCUCCAUUCGAAUGGUGGCUCUCGACGAGUGGCUAUGCCAAGCUCAAUGACGUUGUCAUGGGUGUGCUCUACUCGCCUCUACUGGUAUUGACCGCGUGGAUCGAGACUCGCCAGGCGACCCGGAUCAGAUGGAAUCGGCGACACGGCGAGGAAGACGAUGACUGUGAGCAGGAGUGGGAACAUGUAGCCCAGGAUGUAGAUUUUGAUCUCGAUGAUAGCUGGAAGGAGGAGGUCAAGCAGAGCACUCCAGACAUCAGGGUGGACAGUUGCACUUUGGAGGUCCGGCAGCUGAAGGAGCAGGUUGCUGCGCUGACAGAGCUAGUGGCGAAGCUUACUGAGAAGACUGAGAGGGCGGAUGGAGCGAAUUGA